UGCUAGAAACUCUCAGAAAUGAGUGAAGAGAGAGUGACAUAUGUGGAGCUCAAAUUGCCCAGGUCAAAGAAACACGACAGAGGAUAUACAGCUCAAAAAAGGAGAGAAUUUUCAUGGCGUAUCAUUGCAAUAAGUCUGGGAAUUUUAUGUUUUUUACUCCUGCUCGCAACCUCAAGCUUAGGAAUUAUGUAUAAGAAACACACAAACAAAGAAAAUUCUUCCUCAUCUGAGGGUUUAUCACCUACUACAGGAUGUGAUACAUGUUCUGGAAAAUGGUCCUGCUGUGGAAAAAUGUGUUAUUAUUUUUCCAAAGAAGUGAAAACAUGGGAUGAGAGUAAGAAGUCAUGUGAAGGCCGUGGUGCUAGUCUCAUUAAGAUAGAUGAUGAAGGGGAGCAGAAAUUCAUUCAAGCCAAAAUAAAAUAUAAUCAUUGGAUUGGAUUAUAUGCAAAAGGAGCUACCUGGUGGUGGCUGGACAGCUUAAAACCUUCUCAGAAAUUGAAGUUUCAACUGCCCAUACGUGAUGGAAAAUGUGGACUACUCAAGUUAACAAAUAUUGUUCCUGCUGUUUGUACUUUUGAAUUUCGUUACAUUUGUGAAAAGAAUUUUGACAUUCUUGAUAAUUAA